GUCUCUAAGACAUAAUUAAUGUGUAAACUUUAGCUACAUCUUUGCCUUUCUGGGGUUCUAAGGUGCUGGCAGAUAGGAGUAAAUGCUGAAAAUCAAUGAGACUGUGUUUCUGAAAAAGUGGGAAUAGGAGUGGUUCACUAGAGAAGCAGGAAGGGUGGAGCUGUAGGUUAACAGAGCUAGUCAGGUUCUCUACUCGAGAUAGAAGAUACAACAGGAAUGAAGCUGGGCCUCUUUUAUUGUCGGAUUUUGAAAACAACUCCACCCUCUCUAUAAAGGCCCAGAUUGCAACCUAGCCGGGACAGUGGUUUCCCCUGGAAUCUGAACCUGCCAUGGCUAGGCCACUGGAGAAGCAGAAGAGUAACCUGUGUGGCAGUAGCUGUGACAUUCGAGGCUGGAGGAAAUUCCAGCACCCCGUUACCAGCACCCCUGAGCAGCCAGUGGCGGUGUGGGGCAUGGCAGCAGUGUGGCAACAAGUGUUGGCUGUAGAUGCACGAUACAACGCGUACCGCACCCCAAACUUCCCUCAGUUCCGUACACAAUACAUCCGCAGACGAAGCCAGUUGCUGCGUGACAACGCUAAAGCAGGCUUCGAUCCCUUGCUUCGCAAGCAAUACCUGCGGCUACGCAGUCAGCUUCUGGCCCAGCGCUACGGCCCACUCUCAGAACAGAGCAGCUUUCGAGCCUACAGCAACAGCAUCGUCCGAAGCAGUCGCACUACACUUGAUCGCAUGGAGGAUUUUGAUGACGACCCAAGAGCACUGGGUGCCCGAGGCCACCGCCGCUCUGUCAGCCGGGGUUCCUAUCAGCUGCAAGCUCAAAUGAACCGAGCUGCCUACGAUGAAAGAUCCCCAGGGAGUGUUGUCCCCACUUCAGUGGCUGAAGCUAGUCGUGCUAUGGCUGGGGAUACUACACUAAGUGAGAACUAUGCCUUUGCUGGCAUGUAUCAUAUCUUUGACCAGCACGUGGAUGAAGCUGGUGGGAAAUGGAAAACACAACCUUCAUGUGAUGAACAUCUCAACAGGGAAAAAAGCAAAGGGUGGCUCAAGCAAACUAACAGGCCGAGUCCUCUCCCUCUCCUUUGAUUCUUCUGGGCGCAUCCUUUGGGCAGGAGAUGACAAAGGCAGCAUAUUCUCAUUCCUCUUUGACAUGGCAACAGGAAAACUGACCAAAGCCAAGCGCCUCAUAGUUAACGAAGGAAGUUCUAUCACCAGUAUCUCAGCCCGUUCCUGGAUCAGCAGAGAAGCACGUGAUCCUUCUCUCCUCAUUAAUGCAUGUAUUAACAAGCUGUUGUUAUAUAGGGUAGUGGAUAAUGAAGGAACAUUGCAGCUUAAGAGAAGCUUCCAAAUACAACAGAGCUCACAUCCUGUCCACAGCAUUUUCUGCCCCCUCAUGUCUUUUCGCCAAGGCGCUUGCAUUGUGACUGGAAGUGAAGAUAUGUGUGUGUAUUUCUUUGAUGUGGAACGGGCCACCAAAGCUAUUGUUAACAAACUUCAAGGACAUAGCGCGGCAGUCUUGGAUGUCAGCUUUAACUGUGAUGAGAGUCUCUUGGCAUCCAGUGAUGCCAAAGGCAUGGUGAUUGUCUGGAAAAGAGAACAGAAGUAGCAUAUUUUUCUAUGAUACGUGAAAGGAAAAAUACAUAGGAGAUGCAGCUAUGAGGACAACGGACAAAGAGAAUUAAAAGAUCCAAUCUUUCCUCCUGUUUUUGGUUUAUGUCUUCUUCAUCCUGAAACAUACUGAUAAGCAAACUUCCAGAAUACAAUGACCGCUGCUUUUCUCCUUUUCAGUUGGUGAGAUUUUGUACAGCGUACAAAGGAUUCCACUUACCCUGUGAAAUGUGGUUUAAUGGAUUUCACCAUCCAGAUUACUGUUCUUUGGCUGAAAGAGAAUGUGAUCGAUUGCACUACAGGAACUGCUUAUGAAUUGGCAUAAUAAAGUUUAGGACUUCAAGGAUUCUUUUCUAAUUCAAGAAUGUGAAACCUAAUUUAGUUUCAGUCCCAUCUUUUCCUAGAUAGCAUGAAACUACUUUUCUGUAUAAAGAGCGCUCCAUUUCCUCCUGGAAAUAUAUUUUGCACAGCAUGG